AUGUCCAAUAACAAUGUAUCUGUCAUUGCGGGAGGAGAAAGCCUGCACCCAACCUUGGAAGUCAGUGCAAUAAAUUCUAUAUCUAAACAGAAAGCUAAAGCAAAUAUCCUGUUUGAUGGAGGAUCUCAAUUAACUUUAAUCAGAGAACAAUUUGCCCAAAACCUAGGAUUGCAUGGUGAGAGCAUUGGCGUCCGUAUAACUAAAGUUGGGGGGACCGAAGAGUUGCUGCAAACUAAGAUCUACACUCUCCAGAUUCGUUCCCUUGAUGGUGGCCCGAAAUUCGCGUUGAAAGCCGUAGCUAUCCCUCUGAUAAGUGAAAACGUCAGGGCGGUUCGUAUUGAGAAGUAUGCAAAGUUGUUCAAGAUUGACGCCAAGCGACUUCACCGGGGUUCUGGAGCAGUAGACAUCCUCAUCGGCAUCGACCAUGCUCGACUCCACGGUGGCAACACGCUAGUCAAUGGAAAUUUUGCUGUGCGGCAAUCCCCUCUUGGGGCGGUAGUUUUUGGAGCCGGUCCCAAUGGUUUAUGUUCAGUAAACCGCAUCCAUCUUGUUCGACUUAAUGACCCAGUUGAUCUAACUUCUUUCUGGUCCACUGAGCAAAUGGGG